AUGCCUCUUUCCACCAAGUCCCUGGCUGGUCCGGGCUACAUCAUUCUCAAUGUCAUCCGUGGCAUGAACAUCGUCGGCCUGCUGGCCGUCACGACCGCCAGCAUCGUCAUGCUCGUCAAGACCUUUAUCGUGUCCAAGUUUUUCUUCUUCGACGCAUGCAGUCACGUUAUCACUGCUCUGAUCAGCUUGUUCCUCGUCGCCUCUGAGACGCCGCUCUUCAGGACUUACUUUGACCGCUGCUGGCCUCUCCUAAGUCCCAAGCAUGGCUUCGUCACCCUGGGAUUCGGGAUGAUUGUUCUCGGAAUCAACAUCCUCGGCAAUCUGAACAAGGAAGCCACCAGUGCAGAAUCUUUGGGUCUGCCCAUGUGGCGCAUCGUGAUCGCGUCUGGCAUCGUUAUCCUUGUCCUGGGCUUCGUCAACAUGGUCAUCAGCUACGUUUUCCGUGACCCCAACCUCGGUCUCACUGCCCGUAUGGUCCGCCACAAGGGUGCCGUUGCUGUUUCCGAUGCCGAGAACCAGCAGUUUGACAUUGCCGAGAAGGCGCUCAGCAACCAGUCUUCCAUUGCCAGCAUGUCGAUUCAUCAGCAACCUUUCCAGCCUCCGUACACCCCCGCCGAUAGGUCGCCGCACAGGUUCAACCCAACUAGCGCUUGGCACCGCGCCCGCGACUCCAUCCUGCCGUCUUACCGUAGCCUCCACAGCAACCAGUCUCCCAUGAAGUCGACUAAGACCACGCACUCGGACUACCGGCCGCAAGUCUCAAGGCAAUCUUCCACGAGGUCGCAGGUGGACAACCGUCCGGGGUUGUCGAGGGAGUCCUCCAGGAAGUCGCACCGCAGCCACAGGAGCAGAGAUAGCGUCGGCCCCCGUAUUCCCAUCAACGUCUCCUCCCCGUCGGACACCAGCAACUCGCAGUUCGCGCAGCUCCAGCGACCAGACCCGGCGCGCCACCCUAGCGAGCGCAAGGGCGGUAACCCGUACGAGCUUGGAUCCGACUUUUGGUCCGAGGCUGGUACCGAUGCUGGCAGGUGA